AUAAAUACCCCUUCUAGGCAUAUAUCUCUUCAUCCUUCAUUCCUUCAAACACACUUAGAGUGAGUCUUACUUUCCUCUAAAGGAAAUAUACAGAGUAGAGAGAUGGCUUGUUUCCCCAUUAUUAAUUUGGAGAAGCUCAACACAGAGGAAAAGGCUGCCACUAUGGCACAAAUAAAAGAUGCUUGUGAAAACUGGGGAUUCUUUGAGGUGAUGGACCAUGGGAUUUCAGUUGAGCUUAUGGACAAGGUGGAGAAGUUGACAAAGGAUCACUACAAAAACAGUAUGCAACAGAGGUUUGAGGAAAUGGUGGCUGCCAAGGGGCUUAAUGGUGUCCAGAGUGAAAUUGAUGAUCUUGACUGGGAAUCCACUUUCUUCUUGAGCCAUCUCCCUUCCUCAAAUAUCUCUGAAAUCCCAGAUCUUGAAGAUGAGUACAGGAAGGUUAUGAAGGAGUUUGCAGUGGAGCUGGAGAAGCUAGCAGAGAAGCUGUUGGAGUUGCUAUGUGAGAAUCUUGGUCUGGAGAAAAGCUACCUCAAGGAUGCCUUCCAUGGCUCCAAGGGUCCAAACUAUGGGACAAAGGUCAGCUGCUACCCUCCCUGUCCCAACCCAGACCUCAUCAAAGGCCUCCGGGCCCACACCGAUGCUGGCGGGCUCAUUCUCCUCUUCCAGGAUGACAAAGUCAGUGGCCUCCAGCUUCUCAAGGAUGGCGAAUGGAUCGAUGUCCCCCCGAUGCGCCAUUCCAUUGUCAUCAACCUCGGUGACCAGCUUGAGGUAAUCACCAAUGGGAAGUAUAAGAGCGUGCUGCAUCGAGUUAAUGCUCAACCGGAUGGAAACCGAAUGUCACUAGCAUCAUUCUAUAACCCGGGGGAUGACGCUGUGAUCUACCCAGCACCUGCAUUGGUGGAGAAGGGGGGAGAAGAGGAAAACAAAAAGUAUCCCAAGUUUGUGUUUGAUGACUACAUGAAGCUUUAUGCUGGGUUGAAGUUCCAGGCCAAGGAGCCAAGGUUUGAAGCCAUGAAGUCCAUGGGGAGCACUUUGACCAGCCCUCCAAUUGCCACUGUCUAAUUAAUUACUCUUGAACUACUAGUGUGAAAAAAAAGAGCACAAUGAAUAGCUCUCCAGCCUGUGGGUUAUGUCCAGUCCAGUAUCUUCUUAUUUGUAUGUGGGUUAUGUCUAAUGCAGUAUUAAUUGUGGGAUCUAUCAAUUAACAGUACUUCCUUUGCAAAUUACUCUUACUGGUUACUGGUUAUUCAUUCUAAUUGGG